CUCUGCUGCUCCAAUCACUGAUGCCCAAUUGCCCCGCCACCCUACCAGUAUCUGUGCCGAGUACUCGAAUCCAUUAGGGCUUCGGGAUCUCGCCGGAGUACGCUGUGGAUCGCGCCGGAAACCAUGUCUUCCGGCAGGUACAUGGCCUACUCCCCUUCGCCCUCCGCUCCCCACUCGCCACACAUCCCGGGCAUUCGGUCUGCAACCAACGCCCUUGUCGAGCAGGAGAAGUAUCUUGCAGAGUUGUUGGCAGAGCGGCAGAAGCUUGGUCCUUUUAUGCCAGUACUCCCACAUAGCUAUAGGUUGUUGAAUCACGAAAUUUUGCGUUUAACUGCGUUGUUGGGAAAUGCAUCACUUUUAGAACAUGCUGGGGUUGAACAUGGUAGCCCAAUGACAAAUGGAGGAUUAUUUUCAAAUGGAGCAGCAGAUAUGAAUGGAUGGGCAUCAGCAAUUCAAUCAGAACACUCACCGGCGCAUGGUUGGCUUGGUUCUCAAGGCAGUUCUGGUAUUGACAUAAAGAAAACAAUUAGGGUGGAUAUUCCAGUGGAUAAGUAUCCAACAUACAACUUUGUUGGGCGGCUUCUUGGGCCUAGAGGAAAUUCUCUUAAAAGAUUAGAAGCUACAACUGAGUGCCGAGUGCUGAUUAGAGGACGAGGUAGCAUCAAAGAUCCUGCUCGGGAGGAGAUGAUGAGAGGAAAACCAGGGUAUGAACACUUGAAUGAGCCCCUUCACAUACUAAUAGAAGCAGAGUUGCCAGUAGAAAUCAUCGACUCUCGCCUGAUUCAAGCUCGAGAUAUCCUUGCAGAGCUGAUUAAACCUGUUGAUGAAUCACAAGAUUUCAUAAAAAAGCAACAGCUCCGGGAACUAGCAAUGCUGAAUGGCACACUCCGUGAAGAAGGCUCACACAUGUCUGGCUCUGUAUCCCCUUUCAAUAACAGCCUUGGCAUGAAGAGAGCAAAGACAAGGGGGUGAAGUUGGGCAUUAAUAUGGUGGUGUAGUCCAUGUUGUUGUCCUUCUACAUUUAAUGGUCACCGGCAAUUCUCAUAUGCCGGGCUUUGCCGUCCUGGCUUAUUGCUCAGGUCUCGAUGCCAUCGGAGGGCAUGGGUACUGGCGCGUCGGUCUAGAAGUGUCUCGAAGGAUACUAGUUUCGCCGUGAUAAUUUGGGUAGUCAUCCCUGUUUUAUCAUGGCUGCUUGGCUCUAUAUAUUUAUAUAUAUAUUUAUGCCUUGCAGUAUAAUCCUCAUUUGACAAUGUUUGUGUUAGUUUGGGGUUGUAUAGCCAGAAAUCGAAGACAUUGUUGUCAGCUUGUGUAUAAACUGUUGGACGGAGAUCAUGCGCCAUGGCAGGCCUUGGUAGUUGGUACAAGCAAACUUUCUAAUUAAUCAAGUCUUAAUUUAUGUUAUUCUUCUA